GACAGAGAGAGACAGAGAUAUAGAGAAGGAAUAUAGAGAACCCGGCACGGGCUUUGGAAAGAGAGGGAGAGAAAGAGAGAGAUAGAGAGAGCGAGCACGAGAGCAAGGGGGUUGGGGGGAGAGAGAGAAAGCCAGAGAGAAGUUGCUAGCAGGUCGCAGAGCGGAAAGAACAGACUCCUUCAGCUGAUCACUGUCAGGCUCCAGCUGAUCCAGAGCGCAACUGAAAAAUGGGACCUUGAAGAGGACACAGGAAGUGGCCGUUCUUGUGCGACCUCCCUCCCUCUAAUCCCGUGGGCUCCACAAAGAACAUGCCUCACUUCCUGGACUGGUUCGUUCCUGUCUACUUGAUGAUUUCCAUCCUGAUCCUGGUGGGGUUUGGCGCCUGCAUCUACUACUUCGAGCCGGGCCUCCAGGAAGCCCACAAGUGGCGGACCCAGCGGCCCAUCACGGAGAGGGAAGUUCGGAAGACCUUGAUGAUCCGAGACAACUUGGGCUUCAGGCCGCCUGAAGUCUGAGCCUCCCAGUGAGACCGCCACGUCUGCCCAACAGAUAAUCACCGUGUUCUCAACUGGCAGUGCACUUCAUGGGUCUGAGUAGGUGAUCCGGAUCUAUUGUGGAUUCCUCUUGGUUUAAAUACUUCUAUCCGGACGCCAAAUUCUACUGACCAUGAACUUUGCGGAGCUUCCCGACGCUUAGUCUGGAGCUCAUAAUCCUCACGUUUGAGGUUCACUGCGAGACACCAACCGGUGCACGUCAAUCGUAUAAGUUUGCUUGCGUAAAAUUAACUGAAGUAGCCGUGUUACAAAUAUAUAAAUGAACCUAGAAUGCUUUUGGUCGUCUUCGGAAUGUAAUGAAAUACCUUUCCUCACUUGAAAGCCAUAUUUACCACUGAUGGCGUGCAAUGGUUUGUAAAGCUUAAUUAGGUAGAAACCUGCCAUUCCGCCAAAUGAUCAAUACCCACAUUGUGUGUACAAUACUGCAGUCCCCCGAUAAGGUUCCUACCACAGAUCUGUUUGUGGAAGCAAUAUAACCCUGACCAUUUAGAUGUUGACAACCCAAUUGUACCUCUAUUCGAGAAUCCAAAAUAAACCUAUCCAUUCUGACAAUUGCAGUCCAGAAUUCACCCCUGUGUAUAAUCCAAACUCAAAGCAAACCAUUCAGUGUAAUCCAACCAAUUCAUCUGUUUGAAAAAAAAUCGCAAUUGCCAUCCGCACGAGGUUAAAUCAGCAGCUACCCAUUCAGCGAGAUCAAAAGGGUAAGAGAAUUACGAUAUUUGACUAGUUCUGCUCUCAGUCGCAUCGUUCAGUGAAUUCAAUUCAAUCAAGCCUCUCCCACGGUUCCAUCAUCCACACAACCCCAUUGGGGCUGAUGUAUUUUACCACCCUAAGCUUUAAUACCCUGGCAAGUGCAAUAUUGAAUCCACAUCAUCUGUCUAUGCAGUAGUAAACACCCAAAUGUGUAAAAGAUUCGCUCAGUCUGAGUUGAUUCAUAAAUUGUGAGAAGAUAUCUUUAUGUUUGCAAAGAUAACCUGUCUACAGGUUGUCAGGCAGCAUUUGAGCAUGUCUUAAAUAAAAAUAUCGU